GAGACCAACCUUAAAGCCAUUUCAUUUGUUUGUUAGAAGGCAAGGAAAGAAUCCAUUAUUGGAAGGAGAAGAGAAGUUCCUUGCAGCUUCUCAGAUAGUUAUCUCCUGGUUUUUCUUCUGGUAUAAAUUCAACCCUUCCCUUUUCCAGAAAGCCAACUUGACACUUUUCCUCUUCUCUUCUCAUAUCAUCUCUCAUUCCACCUUCCUUUCUCUUCUCCUGCACUUCAUCAACAGCUUUCUCUUCUACCUUUAAAAUUAGAAAUGGGAAUUGGAGGAACUUUGGAGUAUUUGUCUGAUCUGAUGGGCAGUCGUGGCAAAAAACACAAGAAAAGGAAGCAAUUGCACACUGUUGAGCUCAAGGUGAAGAUGGACUGUGAUGGGUGUGAGCUUAAGGUCAAGAACGCUUUGUCUUCAUUAAGUGGAGUGAAAUCUGUGGAAAUAAACAGGAAACAGAGCAAGGUGACUGUAAAAGGGUAUGCUGAAGCAAAGAAGGUGUUGAAGAAGGCAAAAGCAACAGGGAAAAAGGUUGAGAUUUGGCCUUAUGUUCCUUACAACCUUGUAGCUCAGCCUUACGAUCCUAAGGCUUAUGACAAGAAGGCACCUCCUGGUUAUGUCAGAAGAGUAGACAACACUGCCACCACUGCCACUGUUAGCAGCUAUGAAGAUCCCUACUCAGAUUUGUUCAGUGAUGAAAACCCAAAUGCCUGCUCUAUCAUGUAAAGGGACAAAAACACUACUCAUGCUCCUUCUAUCUACUAUCCUCUGUUUGUCUCCCCUGCUCCUUCUAGAAGCACCCAGAAACUAGAAAAUUAGUGUAAAAUUCUACUCUAGGAUUUAUAUUUUCAGUUAUUUUUGUACUUAUCUUUAUUAUUAGCCAGUAAAGUAUGAGAAGAUUAAGGAGUUUAUGAUUCUUGUUUCCUUUGCUGGUGAUUCUGUAUAAGACCUGGUUUGUAGUUUUGUAGGGGCUAAAGCUUAAAGGUGAUGAAAUGGUUUUCGGUGUGUUGGAAAUAAUUGAAGUUGUGGUGAGGCAACUAUAGCAGGCUAGCAGCCAUCCCCUUUUUCCUUUUGUCUUUAUGGAUUAUGUUAUGAACUUCAUGCCCUGCAUUUUGGUUGGACUGAACGUAGCUAUGACAUCACACAUCAAGAUAGGUGCAAGUUGGCCACUACUUAUUUACAUGGCAAAGAAAUGUACUACAUGGAAGGGAAAGUGGACCUAUGAGCAUUAAUAAGUUCUAACAUUUUAU